AUGAGCAAGAAACGGUCUCAAAAGGCGUAUAACGAUGUAAUCGAGUUCAUGAAUCCCAAAAUUCCUGCUGAAAUCGAAGAUGACAUUUUGGGUGCAUUUGCAACAUAUAGUAUCGAGUCUGAUAUGACUUCGUCGAACUUGCCCGAUUUUUAUAACGAUUUGCAAAUGCCACGGGACUUUACCAAGCUGCUCGAUGUGCGGGAUGUUUGCAUCGAAGAUACCAAUAUAGUGAGCUUCGACAAGCUUUUGAAAAACACAUUUCAUUUACUGAUUUUCAUGAACAACGCACAAGUCAUCGACACGCAAUGGUCCAUGCUGGUUGUGGCCUGUGGUAGAGACAAGCAGUUCCCAAACGUGAGUCUGCGAAAUCAUGUUUUGAGCAUAAAGGACCUUCAAAAGAUUGCCAACAGUAUUAACAUGGAAAACGGCGCCUUGCUCGACAUGAUGAGCUGCGCUACGAGUGGGAAAAGGGUUUUUUUAACGUGGCUGGAUUUUGCAUUUGUUUUGGGAAAGCUUGGUCAUUUGGUCUUUUGA